UCUCCAUUUGCGGAUGGGUCUUGUUUUUUGGUUACUUUUUUUGGUGUGUCGAGAAGCCACCUCUCUCACUGUAUCUCUCUGUCUUUCUCUCUCUUUUCGAGCAAAAAUCAAAAUGAAAUCGAAGCGAAUGGGAAGAGUAAUCGGAUCAAAAGGAGUACCGGGAGAGGGAGCAAGAGCGUUUGAGAGAUGGACAGCAGCGAGGAAGAGGACGAUUUCUCCACGCACGAGUAUAUCACGCCGCAGUCGUGCAUUAAUGCCAUCUACCAGUCGAAAACCGAAAAGGAUAUUAGGAGAAUUUGUACUGAACUUUUGGAUUUAAAGGAUGCUGUUGAAAAUUUACGAGGGAAUAUGUACUCUAAGCACUUGGGUUUCCUGAGAAUAUCUGAAGAGGUAAUCGAAAUGGAGCAAGAGUUGAUCGAGUUACAGAAACAUGUUUCUGUUCAACGAAUCCUUGUACAGGAUCUUAUGAGUGGUGUUUGUCGAGAAUUGGAAAUGUGGAAUGAAUGUCAGAAUGAGGACCCUAAUACAAAGAAUGACCUCCAAUUUUCUGAGAUUGAUGAAAUCUUGAAUUAUGAUAUGGAGGACCCUAAAGUGACUUUAUUGGAGACGCUGGACAUUUUACUAGUUGAGCACAAAAUUGAAGAAGUUUUACUGGUCUUAGAUGCAGAAGAGAAGAAGAAUCCAGGAUUAAGCAACUUCGGGGACAAUCCAUCGAAUGAAGGCUCUUCAUUCAAGGAGGCAUUCUUGAAAAGGAAAGAAAUUCUAAAAGAUCUUCUUGUUGGCAUUUGUGAACAGCCAUCUGUGCGCGUUGCAGACCUAAAGAAAGCUUUAUCAGGUUUAGUUAAAGUAGGGCAGGUUUCUGUGGCCCAUAAGCUAUUGUUGAAAGCUUAUGGUUUCCAGCUUCAGAAAAAAAUUGAUGAUUUUCUUCCAUCUUGCUCUGGUUAUACAGAGACUUUUGCUGCAACUCUUUCUCAGUUUGUUUUCUCAACAAUUUUUUUGGUGGCGAAAGACUCGGUUUCAUUAUUUGGAGACAUUCCUGUAAAUACAAAUCGAAUUGUACAAUGGGCUGAGUAUGAAAUAGAGUCUUUUGUUAGAUUAGUGAGAGAAAAUUUGCCUCCACCUGAGACUGAUUCUGCUCUUCGGUCUAUUAGCAUAUGCGUUGAUGCUGGUCUCCGACAUUGCUCAAUUUUGGAAGCACAAGGAUUGAAAUUUUCCAAGUUGCUUUUGGUGCUUCUUCGGCCUAAAAUAGAAGAGGUCCUUGACAUGAACUUUAGACGAGCAAGAAGAACGAUUAUUGAUUUAGUAAAUAAUGAUGACAUAGAAUUUCCAUCUUUGCAACCAGGCUCACCUACAGCUAUGGUAACAUCAUCAAACAUAAUGUUUGUCAGUAGUGGAAGAAGGUUCAUGUGUCAAGUUGAAGAAAUUUUGGGCCAGCUAACACCAAAGUUCAUUUUGCAUUAUGGAGGAAUCAUUUUGAACAAGCUUCUCCAACUCUUUGAUAAAUAUGUGGACACACUUAUCAAAGCCCUACCUGGCACUUCUGAAGACGAUAUUGUCAUGGAACACAAAGAAUCCAUCUCUUUUAAGGCAGAAACUGAUGCUGAACAGCUUGCUCUUUUGGGAACUGCAUUUACUGUUGCUGAUGAGUUGAUGCCUAUGGCUGUGACAAAAAUUUUGUCACCACAAACUGGAAAAAUGGAGGAAAGUGGUGGUUCUUCUGGAAGUACUACUCCAGUUUCUAUUAGUGCACCGGAGUACAGAGAUGGGAAGAGGCAUCUACAACAUUCAUUUGACAAACUCAGAGACUAUUUCUGUAGGCAGUAUGUCUUGACUUUCAUUUACUCGAGGGAAGGGAAAGCAAGGAUGGAUGCUCGCAUGUAUCUAGAAGGGAAAGGAGAUGAUCUUUUUUGGGAUUCAGAUCCACUACCUUCAUUGCCAUUUCAGGCCUUAUUUGCACGGUUACAGCAACUAGCAAGUGUGGCUGGUAAUGUUCUGCGUGGAAAGGAAAAAUUACAGAAGAAUUUGCUUUCAAGACUAACAGAAACUGUGGUCAUGUGGCUUUCUGCGGAGCAGGAGUUCUGGGAUGUUUUUGAGGACGAGACCAUCCAACUUCAGCCAUUUGGACUGCAACAAUUAAUCCUUGACAUGCGCUUCAUUGCUGAGAUCACAGUGUGCGGUGGAUACUCAUCAAGAAAUAUACAACAGCUUGUUUCAGUCAUUAUCACUCGUGCAAUUGGAACUUUUUCUGAAAGAGGCAUCGAUCCUCAGAACGCUCUUCCAGAGGAUGAAUGGUUCGCUGGUACUGCCAAGGCUGCAAUAAGCAAGCUUCUCCUGGGAACCUCAGCAUCUGAGUCAUCAGAAGUAGAGCCUGACGAGCAUUUGAUUAUCCACGAAGAGAUUUCUGAUACAGAGAAGACGCCUUCGAGCCCAUCUUCAACCACAGAAUCGUCAGACUCUUUUGCUUCUGCUAACAUGGGGGAAACUGAGAGCCCAGUUUUCUUCUCUGAUCCUGAAGCUGAGUAACGGUAACAGAAGAGUAACUUAGGCUUUGUUUGGGACAACUUUCUUACUACUUUUUAAAGUUUUGUUUUAGUACAAAAAAAUUAAUUAUUGUACUAAAAAAUCAACUCUUAUAAAUAUAUGUCACUGAAAUUUGAUGUCUUCUAUAAAUAAAAUUAUGUCUUGUGUUU